AUGGUGUUGUUUCUGAUUGGGAUCUCUAUUGCUGUGAAUAAUUCAUCUCAUGAGAAUCAAACUGCAGAAAACCCCACCCACCAGGGGGCUCAUGUGCUGCCCUCGACACUCAUCAUAUCCCUGCUUCUUAUCAUCGUUGUCCUGCUGACUAUAUACUGUCUCAGGUUCAAAAACCACAGGAAAGCUCUCGUUACCUCGGUGGACAAAAAAAUACCAAAUGGCUUCUUGGAGGAACAAGGAGAGCAGACAGUGGUCCUCCUUCCCAGAUCCCCCUCGCCCUCCAAGAGGUACUUCCCCAUCCCUCUGGACUCGCUGGAGGAGGAGUACCGGAUACGCUCGGCAGACGACGGCAAGCUCUUCAGAGAGGAGUUCAAUUCGCUGCCAUGUUACUACCACCACGGGUCUUUUGAGGAGGCGAGCCGAGAGCACAACAGAGAGAAAAACAGAUACCCAAACAUUUUACCAUAUGAUCAUUCAAGAGUGCUGUUGAGUCAUCUUGAUGGACAUCUGUGUUCAGACUACAUAAAUGCAUCCUACAUAGAUGGUUUUAAAGAGAAGAACAGAUUCAUUGCAGCUCAAGGCCCAAAGCUUGAGACGCUGGCCGACUUCUGGCGGAUGAUAUGGGAGCAGAAAACAGCAACUAUAGUAAUGCUGACGAAUCUGAAAGAAAGGAAAGAGGACAAAUGUUAUCAGUAUUGGCCAGAGAAAGGCUGCUGGAUGUACGGGAACAUCAGAGUGGCGAUGGAGGACGUCACUGUACUGGUGGACUACACCAUUAGAAAGUUCUGUGUUCAAUAUCAGGGCAGCGACGGCCCCCGAGCUCCGCGCCUCGUCACCCAGCUCCACUUCACCAGCUGGCCAGACUUCGGGGUGCCGUUCUCGCCCAUCGGCAUGCUGAAAUUCCUCAAGAAGGUCAAGACUGUCAAUCCAACGUAUGCUGGACCCAUUGUUGUGCACUGCAGUGCCGGGGUGGGGAGGACUGGGACGUUCAUUGUCAUUGACAGUAUGAUCGACAUGAUGCACAUGGAACAGAGGCUGGAUGUCUUCGGCUCUGUGAGCAGAAUACGAGAGCAGCGCUGUCAGCUCAUCCAGACAGAUAUGCAGUAUUCCUUUAUCUACCAGGCUCUGCUGGAGUACUACCUGUAUGGAGACACGGAGCUGGAUGUGUGCUCUCUGGAGGGCCAUCUGCAGAGGCUUCACAACACCAGGGCUCCCCACGACAGGCUGGGCCUGGAGGAGGAGUUCAGGAAACUGACCAACGUCCGCAUAAUGAAGGAGAACAUGAGAACUGGAAACCUUCCCGCCAACAUGAAGAAGAACCGUGUGCUUCAGAUCAUUCCUUAUGAUUUCAACCGAGUAAUGCUGUCAGUGAAGAGAGGACAGGAGUUCACCGACUACAUCAAUGCCUCCUUUAUUGAUGGCUACAGGCAGAAGGACUAUUUUAUCGCAACCCAGGGCCCACUGUCUCACACAGUGGAGGACUUCUGGAGGAUGGUGUGGGAGUGGAGGUGUCAUUCAAUCGUUAUGCUCACCGAACUCAAAGAGAGGGAGCAGGAAAAGUGUUUCCAGUAUUGGCCAUCAGAGGGCAGUAUAACAUUUGGAGAUUAUACUGUGGAGCUGACUGCAGACACACAGUGUGAAACCUUCACUCUCAAAGACAUGGUGCUCACCUACAGACCAGAAAAGAAGUCGCAACACGUCCGACACUUCCACUUCCAUGGAUGGCCUGAGAUCGGAAUACCGGCUGAAGGAAGAGGGAUGAUUGACAUUAUUGCCGCUGUACAGAGGCAGCAGCAGCAGUCUGGAAACCGUCCCAUAAUUGUGCACUGCAGCGCUGGAGCGGGUCGGACCGGUACCUUCAUUGCCCUCAGUAACAUUCUGGAGAGGGUGAAGGCUGAAGGCCUGCUGGACGUUUUCCAGACCGUCAAGAGUUUACGCAUGAAGAGACCACACAUGGUCCAGACUGUGGAGCAAUAUGACUACUGCUACAGAGUGGUUCAGGAUUUUGUUGACAUUUUCUCAGACUACGCCAAUUUUAAAUAAUACCUGUCAAAUUAAUGUAGGCAUUUCCCUUUCCUGAAUGUUGUUUUCUAAAGCAAGCUCUUUUUACACUUUGCACUUGAUUACAGAUCUAAACAAUAACUGUAACAUACUGUAAUAUAAUGGAAAACAUCUGUACUCCAGGAGAGUAUGCCUCUGUCAGGAAUGCUUGAUCGUCAGGCUUCCAGUGUAAAAUAUGGUAAUUAUAGUGGUUUAUGGUACGGUUGGGUUCUUUGAUAUGUAUGUUCUGCUUCAGUUUUAUGUUGCAUAUGUUGCAACAGUGUGAGGGUCAAUAAAGGAAACAUUCAAAGAUUGUAUUUCACUUAAUCUAUGAAGAUAUUGUAUACUGUAUAUAUUGUAUUUAUUGCUAAAUACCUAAUUACAUCUCAUCUGUUGUGGAAAACAUGCAUUUUAUUUUAUUUCUGCUUAAUUUGUCGCUGGCAACAAUGCCUGUUUUUUACAUUAGUGUUGUUUGAUUGCUAUGAGGGGAAUACAUUGUGUGUUUGAUAAGUAUGGUAAAUAUAAUUACUGCUUUUGCUAAAAUAAUGUCUUGUGUGACAUGUGUGAAUUAUAUUUAUAAUCUACUUUGAGCUCAAACAAAAACACAAGACUCAAGAUACAUUUCGUUCUGUUAGACGCUGCACAUUUUCUCACUUCUGUCUAUGAAUAACUAAACAGCUGCUGCCUGUUGCAAUUUUAUUCAACUUCACCAACUUUCUUGUGUUGCCCAUGGCAAUAUUACUUAGUGGAUCGGUGCCUGACGCUGCAAAAUGCAAUUAGCCCACAUUGGAACAGGCAGAAAAAAAUGGAUUAUAACAUCCCAACGUAUCUUUCUACGUACGUAAUGUUUUACAGCCAAUCAUGACAUCCUUCCCUUUUUAUACACAUUUACAUUUCCACUUUCCACUUGCAUGUUUGCAUUAAGCCAUAUUGAUUAGAGAGACAUUUCUAAUCAUGCAAAACUUGUCACCAAGUGACGCAAUUUUAAUACAAACAAGCCAGAUGAUUUUUGUUUUUAUUAGACACACUUUUAAAAAUGCAUUGUUUUCAAAUAAUGGUUUACUUUAUGAAUCAUGAAUUCAUUAUUUGUACAAACACUUCUCAGAAAAUUAAAUGUACCAUAGCUUAAGUUAAAGUGUGAAAGAUAUGAAGAAAAACAGAACAUUUGAGUUUUAUUUAAAUAUGAGAUGUAGUUGAACCUUGUCUGGACAAGUAUAAUGAAAGAGCCAGUGUAGAGCUAAAAUAGGAAGUAUGCAUGCACAGGCAUUAUGACAUGUUUUGAGUGGUAGUACGUUUGGUAUUUAAGGAAACCCCAACAUUGCUGCUAAAUCAGAAGCAUAUAUUUUUGCAAGGCUUCUGCUUACUUCUUUAUAAAACAGUAAGCUUGGUUUGGGUGAACAACUUUCUACUGUUUAUACAUGAAACACUGAUCGUUUAUGUUUAUUUACUGUACAUAAUGUAUCGUUGUGAUUAUUAUCCAUCACCAAUGUUAACUGCAUUGUUAACUUCAUUGUAUUAAAUGUCCAUGCUGAAAGAACAAGAAAUAAGGGGAAUGACAGUGAGGCCUUGCAGCUGAUGAAACAUAAAUGCAUGGGCACCUUGUUUCAGUGAUGUUUCUGCCUUUUUGAAUCUGUAUGGAUACUAUUUGUUUGAUAAAAGCUGAUUCCAAUAAAUUAUAGAUGGAGAGAAAUACCAGA